AUGUACACUAAUAAAAAAGAAGAAAAAAAUCAAUUCAUACCUACUGAUGAUAAAAGCGAAGCCUCCUCACAAGAAUUAGAAGCACUGAAAAUGUCGAAACAGAUUAAUAAAAGGCCAAUUAAAGAAAGCCGAAAAGAAAUAAUAAAGAAAACCUUGAGUUAUAAUUUACCUAAGAGCUUAAUAGAAUAUCUCCAUUCUUAUGAGAAUGUCGAUGAUCAAUUGAAACAGAAGACAAAAGGCAAACAUUUGACUAGGGACUGGAAAGGACCAACAGCCAAUAUUACUCUAAAAAAAUAUCUGGUUGAUAAAAUCGCCAAAUGUUACUGGGCGACUCCAAGCGAUGAUGAAUCAGAUAACUAUUAUCAUGAGAAUGACUAUAUGUGGAGCGAUGAAGAAUUCACAAAAUUAUGGGGAAGUGAUAGCAUUAGCAAAAACUUAUUGCUGGACUUUACUGAUGAAAAUAGAGGAAACACAAUACCAUUUCUAACAGAUCUAAAUAAUUUACCUUGGUGGUUAGACCUAUUAGAGAAACCAUCUGAAUAUUAUUAUAGAGAAUUUAAUAAUUUCUCUAAUACUUAUCUUUGUACAACUCAAACCGCAAAUAUCCAUUCACAAAAGACGAAAAACUUUGCAAGUCGAUCACUGCAACCAUCAACACAACUUCCUGAAAAUUAUAGAAUACCAACAGAUCAAGCAAUACUUGGAAACAGUGCGUUACCCACCGGAAUUCAACAAUCACCAGAAGAAACAAGUAAAAGCCUAAAGUUACUUUUAUAUCUUAAAUAA